CCUUUUCUCAAAUUUGUUAAUAUCACAUCAUGUCUGUUCUCGAUCAAAUCAAGCAAUUCACCACCAUCGUCGCUGACUCUGGUGACUUUGAAACUAUUGCUGAAUACAAACCACAAGACGCUACCACCAAUCCUUCGCUGAUUCUCGCAGCAAGCCAAAAGCCCCAAUAUGCCAAGCUUAUCGAUAAUGCCAUUGAAUAUGCCAAAUCCAAGUGCAGCAAACCCGAAGAACAAGCGGAUUGGGCUAUGGACAAAUUAUUGGUAAACUUUGGUUGCGAAAUUCUCAAGAUUGUUCCCGGACGUGUGUCGACCGAGGUGGAUGCCCGUUUAUCGUUUGACAAGGACGCAACUAUUGAAAAGGCCAAGCGUUUGAUCAAGAUGUACGCAGAUGAAGGUGUGGAUAAGAAGCGUGUCCUCAUCAAGAUCGCCUCCACCUGGGAAGGUAUUCAGGCAGCCCAUGUCCUCGAACAGGAGCAUCAAAUCCACUGCAACUUGACUUUGCUGUUUGGUUUCCCUCAAGCCGUGGCUUGCGCUGAAGCCGGCGUGACUCUGAUUUCACCUUUUGUUGGUCGUAUUCUUGACUGGCACAAGAAAGCCAGCGGCAAGGACUUCCAGGGCGCCGAAGAUCCCGGUGUGAUCUCGGUUAGCAAUAUCUACAACUACUACAAACAAAACGGCUACAAGACCAUUGUCAUGGGUGCUUCUUUCCGUAACACGGGUGAAAUUGAAGAGUUAGCCGGUUGUGACUUCUUGACCAUUUCGCCUGCUCUGUUAGCCAAACUCAAGGAGGAUAAGAAGAAGCUUGAACGUAAAUUGAGCCCCGAAAAGGCCAACGCCAAGAAGAUGGAGAAGGUCAGCUACUUCAAGAAUGAAAAGGCCUUCCGUUGGGAAAUGAACCAGGAUGCUAUGGCUACCGAGAAAUUAUCAGAAGGUAUCCGCAACUUUGCCGCCGAUGGCAACAAGCUCCACAAGGUGCUUCAAGAAAAGUUGGCAUAAAUUUGCUAGUUAGCCAUCUUACUUUCUACAAUGUAAUUAAAAAGAAAUCACACUUCUGUUUUUAAAAACUUCAGUCAUACAAUAAUAAAAAAAGUAAAAAAAAAAAAAAAAGUGUCAUGAGC